GGCUUAUUGUCGGACUCAUAUUACUCCGCCUAUACAAAGUAGAGUAUAGAGAGUAUCAUAUUAUUUGAAUAAUGAGACAUAAUGAGGUGAUAGACGACAACAAAUUAUGAUCUUUGAUAUUUUAAUAAACAACUGAAGUUAUCAGGAAUAUGCUUGUUAAUUAAACGCUAGAUUAUUUACAGUGAGAGAACUUUCAAUUAGCGGUAUACAAAUAUCAGAUUAUAUACCUCAAUAGCUGAAUGAAUAUUGCAUACCGAUGAGUUCAUCUGUCACGAUAAUUAAUAAACAAUGAUCAUAUCAUUCUAUAACAUUCAAUCGUCUUGAUGGUCACAUUGAAUCAUCUAAUCAGAAAGGAACAAACAAACACUUGUAAAAUGUAUAUAAACAAGACAAAUUCUGGAAAAAUUUAAUAACGUUUUGAACAACACGAUGAGGUGAGUACUGAAUGAGAUAUUAUUGUUUUGUUUACUGAACUAUUGCAGGUAUAUCUUUUCAUCUGAUCAGUUGAUAGCGCUCUAUUCAAUCAUCGUUUUACUUUCGACAUUUUGUGACUGUAAGGACAUUUGUAAAGAUCCCGCAGUAGAGAAAAAUGAAGAAGUAAUCCUUCAAAGUAAUGUAUAUAAAUAUUCACAUUUUUAUCACUAUUCCCAAAUUAUUCGUGCCGAUCAGACUCUUCCAGUUGAUGAUGGCAAGUUUGAGAAAUUGAUUACUGAAAAGGAAACUGCUUCAAAUUUCUCGUUUAAAGUUUACGGUGUUGACGUCAGCUCAAUCAUCAUACAGCCCUAUGGUAGAAUUAGUUUUGGCGGAGAAACGAUCAUUGGAUCAACUGAACAUUUUGUAAAUCUAACACGACCAACUGGAUCUGAGUUUUUGGAAGAGAAGGAAUAUUUUGCUGUCAGAUAUUCUUAUCAUCAGGAAAUUGAUGGUGAAAGUGUUACAGCCAAGAUAACCACUGUGAUACAUUCGAAUGGGAAGAUAUCUUUCUAUUAUGAGAACAUUCCUACACAAAUUGAUGAAAAAAAAGUUAAAUCGACGUUCUACGGUAUAGCUCCUUGUGGAGAAGAAGAUGGAAAAGAUAUUUAUAGAAAUGUUCCUGGUGAGUGGAUCAAAAGUAGAACGUUGGUGGAGUAUGAAGUUUCCGGGGAUUGUCCAAAACACAAUUCAACUGAAGCAUGUAAAGACGCAAAAACACCAAAUACAACGUGUAUUUGGUGUGAAAGAGCAAACAAAUGCAUCACAAGCAAUGAUAUGGAUAGCCAUGAAUUCAAAGUAAAUAGUUGUCAGAAUAAAAAUAGUUCAAAUAUCAACGUGACGAUUGAACCAUCACUCAUCAAACAUGAAGAAACAACUUCACGGACUACUGAAGAUGACUCAAGAAAUGAAUUAGAGAAUGCUGCUCAAAACUCUGAAACUUGUUCGAAUACAACUAUUGAAAUAACUGAAGCUGAACAAAAGACAAAGUCAAGUCAUUAUGUUUACAUUGUUAUCCCAAUAGUUGUUACUUCCAUCAUUGUAUGUAUUGGCUGUUUCAUAUGCAUAUGGCUUUACAGAAGAAAUAAACAUUAACCGAUGAUUCUCACAAACGUCCUAUCAUUUGUGUUUGUCAUGGUGACUUUGUUAUUUUCUCUUUUCAUUUUAUUAAAAAAACACUUUGCAAAUUGGUGAAUCACUUCAAUAAACUGGCGGUUUUUUUCAUUGAACCACAAACAACUUUCAUGAUUUGGCUACGUAGUAACUGAUGUACUUUUGCUCAUAGAAUAUAAA